AGAUCUAAUGAAUAUGUAUAUCAAACUCAAAACGAGGCUAAGGUCGUAUCGAGUGAAAACAAAAAUAGAAAAUGGAGGCGAAAAAAGCGUCUGCUACGCGCGAUUUAAGUAUCGUUCCAGACCUCACGUUCGGUUUCGUUGAGAAAUUUGUCAAAAGAGAUAGCCAAAGCCUUGGAGAAAAGGAAAUAUCCAAAGGAUAUAAAUAUUUCUGCGAGAGAUAUGUGACUAACAUUACAACUCACAAUGCUGUGAAUGGAUGUGUAGUGAAGGGGAAAUGCCAUAGAUCCCAGCGCAAGAAUGAAUCGCCUCAUGAUAUCGAGAUUGUUCUGUUAGAUGGACCAUGUGUGGAGAGUAGCCGUUGUUCCUGCACGAUUGGACAGUCGGGACACUGUGGUCAUGUUACUGGUCUCCUAUUCACUCUGGCACAUAUGAAAUCUGCAAACCUGAAAUUCAUUCCAUCUGAUGUUCUGAAGACUUCCCUUCCCCAGACUUGGCAUGUGCCCCGAGGAGAGAAGAUUUGUGGAAGUUCAGCUGAAAACGUGAUUGUGCAUGGAUACAAUGCCAAGUCAUCUCCUCAACAACCUCGUGGAUUGAGAUCUACUCUGUACAAUCCCAUCAACUCUGUUGUUCCAAAAAUUUCAGAACUGUGUUCUAGAGUCUCUGAAGCUGACCAAACCUGUUUGUUGCUUACAGUUGUGAAUUUGAGUGGUAAAGGUGACUGUGAAUAUACAGAGACAAAAUUUGGUAAAUUUCCAAAAGGAUCCCCAUUAGCAGUGCAACAGAAAUUGUCACCACAUUAUGUACUGAAUAUUUUAGAUGCCAGUGAAUUUCCUCUUCUCCCCGCUGAAAAUCUAAUGGAACAACAACUUCAUAUCAUUCUGGAUGAGAAAAGAACUGGUAGCUUUUCUUCAAUUUUUGUGUCAGAGGAGGAAUGUCAUCAAAUUGAGGAGAUGACACGACUACAAGGAGAGAGUCCGAAGUGGCACGCAAUCCGUAGGGAGAGAAUUACUGCUUCAGUGGCUGGUGAUAUUGUAAAGCGGAGAGCAGCCUAUGAACCUCUAACUGGAAGACUGAAGACAACAAGAAAAGUUGUUACAGAGAGCAUGCGUCAUGGGUUGUCAUUUGAGGCAGUUGCUGCUGACGCCUUUGUUAGACUACUAGAUAACAACGUCAACAUAUACCCAUGUGGAGUUGUAGUUAGCCCUUAUGCUCCAUGGCUUGCUGCUACACCUGAUCGGAAGGUAUACAACCCCACCAUGAAUCAACCUUACGGCUUGCUUGAGAUCAAGUGCCCUGUAAAACCCUUGUCAGAAUGCAACUACUUGACUAAAGUUGGAGAUGUGUGGAGACUGAAAAAAAAUCAUAAUUACUUCUACCAAGUCAUGAUGCAACUUGCAGUGACUGGUCUAAACUGGUGUUACUUCUUUGUGUGGCUCUGUGAUGAAAAUCACUUGGAGGUUAUCGAGUUUGAUGAGGAGGAGUGGCAAGACAUGAAAAACAAGAUAGAUUCAUUCUAUUUUGAUCACUUUCUUGAAUAAAAGCUUUGUCUUUUAAACCUCACUGACCUUUGAAUAUUUUCAUAAUAAUGAUAAUCUUCACUAAAAAUAAAAUAAAAAUUAGAUAUCUUUGUGAAACACUGAUGUCCCCAUAUGGCAGCAAAAUAAUUCUAGUGCCAAAAAAGUCAUGUCACAAGGAAUACACAUGUGAAAUAUGAAAGCCCUUUUACUAAGCAUUCAAAAGUUUUGGCCAAGGUUGAAGUUUUUCAAAGGUAGGACAAACUACAUGUCAAGGUCAUGACAUAAAAAAAAUUGGUACCAAACAAAGGUCUGGUCACAAGGUAUGUACAUGUGAAAUAUGAAAGUUUACAAGUUAUGGCCAGGGUUAAAGUUUUUGCAGAUAAACAGACAGACAGACCAAACACUAUGAGCCCCCUAAUCUUCUAGUACAGGGGCAUAAAAGGGAAAUGAAGUGCAAGAACCCUCACUUGUCAUGAAUUUAUUGAAA